AUCAGUUAGAAGGCAAGUUUUGAUUUGUUUUUCUGCCUUGUUAUGUAGUGCGGCAAGUAUGUUUGUAGUGCAAGUAUGGUGCACGUUUGAAAUUGAGCGCUGAACUCCUUUGCUUGUGCACGUGUCACGCAAGUUAGCCAGCAGGAUGGGGGAACAUAAAGCAUCAGUGCACAAAGUGGAGCACAAGUGCUUUGCUGACACCGGGCAAUCGAUGCUGGACCUGCCAGACAUCGUGUUGUUCAAGAUCUGCCAGCAGCUGUCGGACCCGUUUGACCUGAUGAGCCUUGGAAGCACCUGCCGCUACCUGCAAGAGUUCACUUCAAGCAAGUCCCUGUGGACGCAGACGGCUCUGUCGUGGUGCCGCGGUAUGUGGCACUGCCUUCCCAACAAAGCUUAUUCUGGGCCGGAGGAUCCCAAGCAGUGGAUGUUCCAUCUGCUGCGGCUGUGUAUGAAAGAGCGAUCAUCGAGCAGGGAGAUCCUACUGUUUGAAGAUCAGGAGACAUGGGACAGGAUACGGGAUGAUCACUUUGCCUGCAAGGUUAGCAUGCUGGGCUGGACGUACAAGGCCAUCAACGAGAAGGUAUCCCCAUUUGUUCUGCGGCGUCUUUGGCUCUAUGACAUGGCCCUGUACAGGCGGCGAUGCCCCAAAAUGGACUUCAGCGAUCCAGGACAUAAGCUCAGCACAGUGUGCGUCUGCCAGCUAGCCAGCUUGGGCAGGGCCCAGGAGUACGACCUGCGGGGUCGAAAGCAGCCUUACGUUUGCGCCUUUAACUACGUCUCAUUAUGCUCGUCAAGUGCAAGUUGGAGGGACGAGCUGUUUCCCUGCGGCCCAGCAGGCAGCAUUUGCCCAAUGUUGGUGUGCCCCUCCAUGGAUGGCUAUGCUUCGGAGUCCUCUGGUACUGAUGGGCUCGUGACCUGUGUGUCGUACGUGCUCGAGCAGCAUCUUGCUCGUGCCUGCCUUAGGGGACGAGAGACGGUUGUACAAAUGGCCGGCAAGAUCAAGCAGGCAUGCAGUGCCUUGCGAUACGCCUAUGGUAACCACGCACUGGCGGCGCGUGCGAGGUGGCCAAACUGUACAGUGACCAACGCCAUUAUCAACAUGGAUGAACAGGGCUGGCCUGAUUUGGCUUCCUGGCAGGCUGACCUUGACCCAAUAGGCCUGCACUGGAGAGAGGUGAUAUCCAAGUGUGCUGCAUUGCUGAAAAAGUAUGGAACACUGGAUGCUAUUGUUGACGAGGCGAGGAUUCGGUGGAGGUGUUCCCUGCUGUCCAACAUCGAAGCUGUGCUUGGACGCAAUGGCACGACGACUGUUACGAGGCUCAACCUUACAGACUGCGAUGUAAUUGGCUGCGAUAAUACACGCCAGGACAUGGCUGCGGCUGCAUUUGUGUCGCCUUCCGGUGUCCUAGUGACAUGGCAACUUCUUGGCAAGGGUUCCUACUGAGCAUGCAUGAGGGCAACAUGCGCACAUGAGCAUCUCAACAAAGAAGUAGAUAACGUUAAGAAAAGCUUUAGCUCAAGGCCAACUCAAGUUUCGCUAUUCACACUCAUGUAAAACGGAGAAAUGCUCCCAUUGGACAGCCUAUAAGAUAGAUUUGAAUGAAAUUUGUUGCAUUUGAGAAACGGCGUUAAAUUCUAGAAACUGUAGAAAAACUCGGAUUUUUUGCAAAAAUUGCCAAAAAUCGGUAGGUUUCAAAACAAAGGAAGCAUGAAGUUUGCAAAUUUGUAACUCUGCACCAAAGACAGACAGCUCAGUUCUGUAAUCUGCAUCUCCUAAAACAUGUAAAGUGGACAAAUGUUAAAUAUAUUUAUACGUUUACAGGUAAUCUGAAAUUAAUAAAAUGCUUACGAGGAUGUUGCAUCAGUCCUAGUCACAAAUUCUUAGUAUGAAUGUUACACAGUGGUGUACAGUAUAAUAAUUCUGUCCUCUGUAGAUAUCUCUGUAGGUGCACUUUACAGAAUUGUGAAGUAAUUUAUUAUUCCUGAGUUAGGGUUGCUAAGUUAAUUUGUUUUUUAAAAUGAGCAAUAUUCAUUAAGCUUUGUAAAAAAGUGAUGGCCUACAUAAAGAUCUACUCGCUACAGCAGCUGAAUUAUUACUUUAAAUGCAACUAACUUAAUAAAAAUCGGUGCAGUGGUUGUCGGAAAAAAUGAUUUCUUCAUUCCCGUGUAUUGAGAUAGGAACCUCUGAGCUGAAGCGUCCGCUUAUAAGAAGUCGAGCAAACUUUGAUUUACCUAUAUUCAAGUGCAUGUAAAACUGAGAAAAAGUCUUAUUAAGCUGGCAUGAAAGUAAUUUGAAUUAUAAUUGCUGUGUUUAGUAGAAAUGUAAUUACAUCAAACAGAAUCUUCAUUUAGACCUUCAAUAUUUUUAAAAAUUGCAAAAAAUUGGUAAUAUAAAAAAUUUACAGCCCCGGUAAUUCAGCUACAAAAACAGUUUCAUCACAGUUCUAUAAACUGUAUCAAUUACACUGUCUAAAGCAUACAGAUAUGACAUAGUAUACAGUUUAAUAGCUUCCACAAAACUGUUACAUUGUUUACGCUGGUUUUGUCUUGGUAAUUUAAUAGUUGCUGGUAAUAUUUCAAUGCGAUACAUACUACAAAAUUUGUGCGUUUCGGAAUUCAUAAUCGGCACAAUUUUCAGUUUUGUGAAAUUUGUUUUUGCUGCAGAGUUGCAGAGCUGCAAGCUUUGAUGCUCCAUACUUUCUGACAUAUUCUGACAUUUGGCAAUUUUUAUGGAAACAUUGAAGGCCUAUGAAAAGCUUGCUCCCAACAGUCAGUAUAUUCUAACUUCCACUUAUAAAUGUAGGGAACCCCACCAAAAUUUGUUCAUUGCGUACCGAGCUAAAUGCAUUUACUGUUCUUGCACAUUUAGAUAGAAGCUUUAACUGAAGCUUCCACUUAAGAGCAAGCUUUACCUCAGGAGCUUAUACUAAAUACAUGGGAAUGGAACAAUCUUUGCUUGCCAUUCACUGCACCAAUCUUGAUGAGGUUUGUUGCAAUUAAAAAGAGCGAAAAUCUAGCAACUGUGGGAAGCAGAUUUUCCUAUUUAGGCCUUCAAUUUUGAAGAAAAAUUGUUGAAAAUUGCAAGAUCUCAAGAAAUUCAAAGUACCAAGUUUUCAGCUCUGCAAUUGGGUAAUAAAAAGCAGUAAAUUCGGCAAACUGCGCUUAAAGGAACCCUGAAAUACUUUUUGAACAUAGUAAGAAAAUAUUGCCAAUCUGUUCACAAGGCUCCUCUGAACAUGCCAGUCAAAUAUUAUUGCACUGCGUGCCGCAGGAAACACUUUAUGUUGUGUCAAAAGCAGUCUAAAAACGCCUGCUCUCGCUUCUGCAAUGUCAUCAUACAGCACCAUCACAAGCAGCUCGACCUACAACAGCUAUUGACUGAUUUCGCGAUUGCGAGAACAUUCUCAGUGACACAGUUAUUGCUCCUUCGAGUUACAUAAUUGAAAAAUAUGUAGGUCUGCAAUCUCAAAAAGACUGUAAAAGGAUUUCAUUUUUGCACUGCUGGUCUAAGUACGACAGUUGUGCUUUGCUACGUGUGGCCACCGAGAAGAAAAGUAUAGUGCAGUCGAACAUUCUGUCUUUGGGCAGGGCUAGUGGGGCAUUGCUCCCUUAUGCCCCAUUGCUGUCUGCCCUGUAUAGCUUCCAGCACGCUAGUGUAAAUGAAAGGAGAGAGAAAGCCACUGAUCGGCCCAAUAACUUCCUCUGUGCUUGACUGAACUUGUGGCAGGAGAUUCGUGAGGUGACAUAAGUUAAUUAUGAUACCAUUCUAUAAUCAGUUAGAAUAGUGUUUCAGGGCCCAUUUAGCAAUACAUAUAUAGUGGACAAAGUUUAUGUAUUAUACACCAAUCUUAAGUGUACUGCUCAAUUGUGAGUAGGUCUUUUGCAGUAUCCUUAUAAACCUUGUAACAAUUCAUGUAAGCUUUAAAUUCAUAUUUGAACUUACUGAUUUUUGGCAAUUUUUGUUAAAUAAUACGAGGUCCUGAAUCAAAACUCCAAUUAUGAGAAAUGGUUACAUGUAACUUUUUACCUGAAAUGCAACAAAUUUCUUUCAUGGUGGUCCAACAUUUGUCUAACCCCUGUGACUGCAAUGACAUCCACUGGAUUUGCUAUAGACAACCGCUGCCAGGACAUGGAUAUCCUAGGGACAUGUCAUAUGGUUCUUGCAGACAUCCUUCGCACAAUUGUUUGGCCUCACUUUUUGUGUCUUGCGGAUAUUCCUUGCAUGUCCGUGAGGAACAUCACGGGGACAUGCUGUGUACAUUCUACAGGCAUGUCGGGGCCUUUUGCACAGCGUUUGCUAUAAGUGUCCUCAGCACACACUGUGUGACAGAUGUGAUGGGCAGAGCACCCAUGCAUCAAGAACAGAUACAUUGCAUGCAUGCUUUAUGCACACAUGCAUACAUAUGGAAGUGCAUUAUACUCCUCAUUCUGCUAGGCCUCUCACCAAGCACAAGUGGCUUACUAAACUGACUGAAGUGUUCAAGGUUUAUUGCGUCAGAAAAUUCUCAAAGCGUGAAGUACACACAUACAUGA